UUACAAAUAAGUAUUUAAAUUGGAUCUUCUGUACUGCAUAAUCCGAAUAGAUAAGUUUAUGUAAAUGUUUUUUUAUAAUUACGAGCGAUAAGUAUUAUCAUUUUCAAUCAGUUCGUCAGUUGUUCGUCUUGGUGAAUAUCUAGUUACAAUAGGCUUUGCAUAAAUCAUGUUAUUUUUUAAAGGAAGUAGAAUUAUUACCAUCAGAAUGCGUCCAAUAAAUAAGCUUUAUAAAGCCAUGGCAGCGUAUUCGACGAAAGUUUCCCUGAACGAAGUGGUUAUAGCUUCAGCUGUCAGGACUCCCAUCGGCUCCUUCAGGGGCAGCUUGGCCAGUCUUUCAGCUACGGAACUGGGUGCAGUCGCCGUCAAAGGAGCAAUAGAACGAGCCGGCAUUCCUAAGGAGGAAAUUAAAGAGGUAUACAUUGGCAAUGUCUGCUCUGCCAAUUUGGGUCAAGCACCAGCCAGGCAAUCCGUAAUUUUCGCUGGUCUCCCUAAAAGCACAAUCUGCACAACAGUAAACAAAGUAUGUUCAUCAGGCAUGAAAUCGGUUAUAUUGGCAACUCAAGGCUUACAAACUGGUACCCAUGAUGUUAUCCUUGCUGGAGGUAUGGAAUCAAUGUCAAAUGUGCCUUUCUACUUGAAGAGGGGUGAAACCUCAUAUGGUGGCAUGCAGCUAGUUGAUGGUAUUGUGUUUGAUGGUCUUACUGAUGUCUACAAUAAAUUCCACAUGGGCAACUGUGCUGAGAACACAGCAAAGAAAAUGGAUAUCUCAAGACAGCAACAAGAUGACUAUGCCAUUUCUAGUUACAAGAGAAGUGCAGCUGCAUAUGAAGCUAAAGCUUUUGCUGAUGAAAUUGUACCAGUUUCAGUACCUCAGAAAAGAGGUGCACCACCUGUUCUGUUCUCAGAAGAUGAGGAGUACAAGAAGGUUAACUUUGAAAAAUUCAACAAGUUGUCAACUGUAUUCCAAAAAGAAAAUGGCACAGUAACUGCUGGUAAUGCUUCAACUUUAAAUGAUGGUGCUGCUGCAUUAGUUCUCAUGACUGCUGAAGCUGCUCAAAGGCUAAAUGUAAAACCCCUUGCCCGUGUUGUUGGAUACGCUGAUGGAGAAUGUGACCCAAUUGACUUCCCCAUCGCCCCAGCAGUUGCCAUUCCCAAAUUGCUAGAGAAAACUGGUGUAAAAAAAGAAGAUGUAGCUUUGUGGGAGAUUAAUGAAGCCUUCAGUGUGGUAGCUGUUGCUAACCAGAAACUGUUGGGCAUUGACCACAACAAAAUCAAUGUUCACGGAGGAGCUGUAAGUCUAGGUCACCCCAUUGGUAUGUCUGGUGCCAGACUUGUUGUCCACUUGUGCCAUGCUCUUAAGAAAGGUGAAAAGGGAGUAGCUUCAAUCUGUAACGGAGGUGGUGGUGCCUCAUCAAUCAUGAUUGAAAAAUUGUAAGUUUUAACUAUCUCUGACCACCUUGUUUCAUUACUGUGCCUUUUAGGAAUUAUUUGCUAUUAAUGAAUGUUUUGUGUAUUUGCUAAGAGUUAACAGAUUUUUAUUAUAUUGUUGAGAAAAUAUGUAAUUUUAUAUCCAUAUAUCUCUUGUAUAUAAACAGCAAUAUGGAAGUGUUAAUGGUUGUAUUCAAUAGAAUAAAUCAAUAAAAUAUUUUUACUUAUA